CUCAUCUCCUCAACCAACGCAACCGGAGGGUGUGCAUUUGAAUAUCAAAUCAGGACCGUAAAAUCCCAUAUACUGAAAAGAUAUAAUAGAAUCAGAGCCAUCCAUCCAUCAGUUCCCAGAAUCUGACAGUUUCAUCCUAGGUGGCAUUCAACUACAUUUUAAAUCCGAGAUAUAAAUAAAAAAUAAUCGAGACACCCAUUUCGAAAUCGAAGGAGAAUGUGUCCCAAGUCAAGGAGUUUAAUUUUAUAGGCUAAGCAAUCCUAUCGAAUCAACAAAUUAGAGUAAUAAUAAACCACUCCUUUUUCUGUCUACGCUAAACAAAUGGGCGAGGAAGAAAAAGGGACUAAAGUUCCAGAGGUAACGGCAAAUGGGACUAGCGCUCCUGCAAAAGAGAACUCCAAUGACGUUAUGACUGAAAAAACAGAGGAAAAUGAUGGAAUAAAAGAAAUGGAAGAAGAUAAAAAUGAUAGCGAGAAAGUUGAGAUUGCAAGGAUGGAUGAAGACCCCAAGGUGACUGAAGAAAGGGAAAGCAAAGACAAAGAAGAUGGGUUAGAAGAAGGAAGAACUGAAGCAAUGGAAGAAGAAAUCAAACCCAAAGUAGAUGAAGAGAUGGAAGGAAAGGAGAAGGAAGCCAAAGAAGAGGUGGAGGAGAAGGUUGACGUGUCCAAGGAGAAAGAGGAGGUGGAGGAGAAGGUUGACGUGUCCCAGGAGAAAGAAGAAAAGUUGGAGGAGGAGGACGGGGGACGAUCAAAGCAACGUGGGAAAAGGAAGGGUGAUGGGAGGAAAGCUGAAAUGAAUAAGUUAAUGGAAGAGAAGAAGGAGCCGGGGCCAAGGACUCCUACUUUUGAUAGGCCACAGCGUGAAAGAAAAUCUGUUGAAAGGCUGGUGGCAACUGUUGACAAAGAUGCUGUCAAAGAAUUCCAGAUUGAAAAGGGCCGAGGUAUCCCACUUAAAGAUAUACCUAAUGUGGCGUUCAAGUUUUCAAGAAGGAAGGCUGAUGAUACAUUCAAACUGCUUCAUACAAUUCUCUUUGGAAGGAGAGGAAAGGCAUUGCAGAUUAAGAGUAAUAUAUCCCGGUUCUCUGGUUUUGUGUGGCAUCAAAAUGAGGGGAAAGAAAAGAGUAAAGUGAAAGAAAAAUUUGACAAGUGUAAUAAAGAGAAGCUGUUGGAAUUUUGUGAUGUGCUUGACAUACCAAUUACCAAGGUUACUACAAAGAAGGAAGAUGUUGUUACAAAGCUGUUAGAUUUUUUGGUGGUCCCCCAUGCUACAACCAGUGAUUUGCUUGCUGAAAAAGAGAAGGAAAAAGUGAGCAAAAAGCGCAAGAGAGUGGCCAAAAGUUCAACAUCUGGGAGCACACCAUUGAAAUGUUCAGCUAAGAGUCGAAGAAAGGCUGCUGAUAAUUCAAAGAGGAGAGAUAAAAAGAGUACAUCUGAUACAGAAGACGAGUCAGAAGAAGAGAAAGCAGAGGAAGAUGAAGAAGAAGAAGAACAGGAACAAGAAAAUGUAGAAGAGCAAAAUGAAAAUGGUGCUCUAGAAAAAUCUGAUGCUGAAAUCUCUAAACAUUCUGAAAGUGAGGAGAAAAAUGAAUCUGUAGAAGAAUCUGAAGAAAACUCUGGAAAAUGCAAAAAGAGGUCGGCUACAUCAUUGAGAAAAAAAGCACCUUAUGGAAAAGCUAAAACCAGAAUCUCCGUCUCCCGUAAGUCCAGUUCAUCAGUGAAAAGAACGCCUAAAAAAUCUUCAUCAAAACACAUUCUUUCUGAUGAGGAUAGUGAUGCAAGUCCAAAGGUUUCCCCAAUGAAGAAGAAAACUGAAAAGGUAUCAAAGGAGAAACACUUGCCUUCAAAGAAAUCUACCUCCAAGGAAAACACAGGUAAAAAAGUUGGAAAAGGGAAGGAAAAGGCUAAAGUUAAAGAGAACAAAUUGAUGCCAAGUGAUGAUGAGCUUAGAGAUGCGAUAUGUGAAAUUCUUAAGAAUGUGGAUUUCGACACGGCUACAUUCACUGAUAUUCUAAAGCUACUUGCUCGGCGAUUUGACACAGAUCUCACUACAAGAAAGUCAUCUAUUAAGCUUGUGAUCCAAGCUGAGCUCACCAAACUAGCAGAUGAGGGUGAUGAUGAAGAUGGAGAAGGUGAAGCAUAGAGAGAUGAAACCCAGUCUGCUGGUCAAGAGGUUGAAGCCUGAAACGUGUAACUCAGACUUUCCGGGAAUAGUGUAGCUUUGUGUUUUAUGUUUUCAUUUCACUCGUGCACAAAUGAUUCUUUCUGUAAGAAUGGCCAGCUGUAAUUCGUUCUUAGUUUUCAAUUUGCUGGCUAGCAGACAAGCAUUUACUAGAAACUAGAGAAGGUGAGCCUCGCCAUGCUUUCCACAAUAUAUAUUAUGUUCUAAUCAUGUGAGGUCGGUUAUGACAGGUUAUUAUUUCUCAAUUAUUUGUAAUCUUCAAUCCAA